GCUCUGCCUGACCGGCGUUGCCCUCCCCUGGGUUUGCCCACCGGCCGUGCCUCGGCGGGUGCCUGGCUUCCCUUCCUCUCCGCAGUUGAAAACAGCAGAGGCUUUAGUUUUGGUCGCUUGGUUGAUUAUUUUAAUUCCUGUUUCUGCAGAAGAUCCAGGGAAGAGGUGGCUGGGUAGGAGGUAUGGUGGCUCUGGUGGGAGCCCGUCUGGUCAGGUGCAGAGGCGUCUCGGGAAGGAGGUGGCUACAGCCCUUCCCAAAGGUGGUCCCAGGAUGCUCUUCCCAUAGCUGGAUGGAGCUUGUGGACCUGAAACGCUGCAUCCCCGGUCUUGCUGCGGGAUGAGGGCUGGCAGGGGUCCCCAGCCUGCUCCGUCUGGCUGCUGGGUUGGAAGCUUGCCUGCAGUGCAGCUGAACCGGAUUCAGUUCUUCAUAAUUCUUCAUAAAGAAUGAAACUUUAACCAUGGAGUGGAGGCGCGGGUGUCUGUGCACACAGGUGGGCUCGGGGCGCAUCUGCAUUUGCCUGGACAGGGGCUGUUGCAGCUCGCCGUGCGCCUCCCACGCUGGCAUUCCUCCCUCCUGUGCUAGCAGGUGGUUUAAAACCGUUACUUAGUCUCGCAUGAAAAGACCUGGAAGACCACUGAGGUGAGUAUUUUUAAGCCUUAUGUGCUUCAACAGCUUAGGUGGCAGAGAACUGUACACAUGUUCUGUAAUCCGCUUGAAAUCAUCCUUCACAUCCACUGAUGGUUUGGGUUUAUGUUCAGACAAAAAUUCAUGCCCUCCAGUGAGCUUCUGCCUGAAUUUGAGCAAGACUUGCUUUGUUUCUGUAAUAAGGACAUAGAGAGGCUACUGGUGGAGGGCAGGAACAUGUUAAAUGACUUUAUGGUGUUAAAGUCCUUUUACCGUCCCUGUUACGAUAGUCAUAAGUUGCAUGGAUCCCUGCUGGUGAUGACAAACUGUUGUGGUGGGGAUUGUUUGGGUAACCAGGCAAGUUGUCAAAGUCAGGCCUGGCCUGUAUGUUAGGAAUGUAUAUUGAAGCCAGAUCCUGUAAACACUCGCUAAUGUGUGGAGUCUUGUUGCUAGGGCUUUGCACAGAAAUAUCAAGACACGUGGGAGUGCCUCUUUGAAGCCCUAAAUGUGCUACCUGACUAUUUGGAAGCCAGGAGGACAGUCAAGUGUAUCAUUUCCAUAGUUCUUAAGCGUCAGUCAUGGGAUUUUAAUUUAUAAAUAAACUCAUAUCUUUUUAUGGCGCAUUCUGGACUGUAGCCAAGUAGAACUAUAUUGUUUAUGUGCGUACAUUUUUGUGUCUCACACAAAGAUGUCUGUUGAUAACAUAGAAACUGUAAGAGAGAUGUUUUGCUAAUGUUUUGUUAGCGAUAUAAAGGCAAACACAAAUGCAGACUAGAACUUGAAAGAAAACUAGCUUUUAGAGCAGAAGAACACAGCUGCCAGAAAACUUUCAAGGAAAACUAUGCACCUUUUGGUUCUAUGUUUCUUUUAAAACUCAGCUUCUGUCAUUUCCAUGCAUACAAAUCGUCUACCGCAUGGAACUUUCGCAGCAACUUAGGUUCAUGCCUAUGUAGCUCUCUAAACUAUUUCUUUUUCUAAACAAGAUUGGAUGAAUUGUGAUUUUUUUUUUUUAAUUACAUUUGAAAUUUGUUUUUAGUUGGGUGUGUCCCUGUUACAUUCUCAAAUCCCUGAGCUGACUGCAAUGAAUUCCCCUCUCCAUUGUCAACAUGUGUCUUUUCCAUUAAGACUGACUGCUGCCUUCUCCUUCCCUUAAGAAACUUCCAAUUUCUUGAAAUAAUAUGACCAAAAAACCUCUGUGUUUUCAGUAUUCCAUGUUCAAUGGUCUAUGUGUAAAAAUUCCAGUUUGAAAUUCCAAUUCGGAAUUUUUACUUAAAAAAUAAUUCCACAGCCUACAUGGAGACUACUUAUGGAGCCUGUGGGGUCGUGCUUUGCAUUGUGGAGUGUAUUGACUUUGUGGACCCUGAAUGCAAAUUUGCGGUUGUGAUAAUGCAUAUGAAUAGCUUUUAAUCUUUCUCAUUUGCACUGUUUCUAAUUUAUUCCCCUGAUGUAUCUCCCUACAGUCAGGUGAUUGAUAUCUGUUUAAAUAUAAGGAGUAAAUUGUUCUCAGAAGUGACUAAAAGCAUUUGGUGUUGUAGAAAGAAAAGACCACAGUAGCUUGGAAACUCCACGGCAGCUGAGUGUGUCAUUUUUACUAUAUCAACAGUGAUGGCUAACAAUCAUUCAUCAGAUUAUACAGCUUUCUCCACUGACAUACAGAAGAAUAUAUGCCGAUUCUGCUGCAGCUCAUAAGUACUGUGUUUAUUUUUUUUAUUUUAUAUGUUUUAGGAAGCCUAAAGUGAACUGUUUAUUUUGUCACGUAUAGUGCUUAGUACAGUGAGAUCCUGUUUGGCAGCUAGGCUGUGUAGGGAUGACAGUAAAAAUGCUGAUGUUGAAAACAAUUUUUAAUGCUUCUACUAAUUUUUUUUACAUUUAGUUUAUUUCAUAAGGCUUUGAUUUUUACAGGGACUUGGGGUGGUUGUAUCCUUGCAUUUAUGUGGCUAUUCACUGAAAUCACUAACUCUUCUGUUUGUAUAUGGAGAUCCUUAACAGGAUUAAUUGGAAUUAGAGGUCUGUGGCAAGAUGUGAUUGGAUUCAGACCAGAUGGAAAAAAAUGUCAGUUUUAGAAAGGUUUCUGGUGUGGAGAUGAGUCGGUUUUAUCAUAUCGCAAGAAGAGAUUAUGUGUUUGUUGCCUAAAGCUUCAGAUCACGAACGUGUUCUUUAUUUUAAAACAGAGUGUCUUUUUCCAUUUUAGGUGUCUGCUUAGUAGUUGCAUUCUGGCAGGCUCUGUGGGUGCUUUAGGAUGAUGUCUUCUAACACUAACGUGUCAGAAUUCCGAUAAAUGAAAAUGAAUGGAAAAAUGAUAUCCAUCCAGCAUUCCUGAACAAUAAGAAUGGGUCCAGAUGUACCUCUGCUGAAUGAUUACAAACAGGAGUUCUUCUUGAAGCGCUUUCCACAGACUCUGCUGGGAGGUCCCCGGUUUAAAUUAGGCUAUUGCGCCCCUCCUUACGUAUACGUGAAUCAGAUUAUUCUUUUCUUGACGCCAUGGGUUUUGGGAGGAGUAGGAACACUUUUGUACCAAUUAGGCAUUAUGAAAGACUAUUACACUGCAGCACUUUCAGGAGGACUGAUGUUUGUUACUGCACUUAUCCUUCAGAUGACAAAUCUAUAUGCAAAACAGAAAACAGCGAGAGUAGAAAGAAUGCAAAUUCAGAAUACCCUAACGGAUGAAGAUGAGUUUGAAUUUUCCAGCUGUGUAGGUUCAGAGACAGUAAAAUUUAUUAUUCCUGGCAAGAAGUAUAUAAUCAACACUGUAUUUCAUUCCCUUCUGGCAGGGGUGUUGUGUGGGUUGGGAACUUGGUAUUUGCUGCCAAACAGAAUAACCUUGCUGUAUAGCAACAUCGGAGGAACUGUUAUGAUCUUUGUAUUUGGAUGGGUGACUGUAUGUAUAGGAGAGUAUUCGUUAAUCAUAAACACGGCUACCGAAACAGCUACUUUCCAAGCACUGGAUACUUACGAAAUCACUGCUCUGAUGAGACCUUUCUAUAUUUUUGUCUUUAUUGCAGUGGAUCUUGCACACAGGUUUGCUGUCAACACAGCCAUUCUAGAACAGACAAACCAGAUUUUGCACAUCGUAUUUCUUUUUCUGCCGUUCUUAUGGGCAAUGGGAAUUCUGCCCCCGCUUGAUGCGCUUUUUCUAUGGGGAAUGGAACAACUCUUGGAGUUUGGACUAGGAGGUUCACCUAUGUCAAGUAACACAAAGUUAUUAGUAAUGUUUCUCAUUUCUGCUGGAACAGCAAUAGCAUCGUAUUUCAUUCCCAGCACUCUCGGUGUGAUCCUCUUCAUGACUGGAUUUGGGUUCAUACUGAGUCUUAACCUAAGCGAGAUUGGUUUUGCCUUCAAACACACCAUGAUCAGCCAUUUAGCCUCCAGCAAAUCUAAAAAUAUGCACAGAGGUCUUAGAAUACAAUUUGGGUGGAGGGAAUUUAUUUUUUAUUUGACUGUGUUGAUAUUUGCUCUCAUAGAAGCUAGCCUGCUGCAUCAAUUUGCAGGCUUUUCAUCAUUUUCCAAAGCCAGUCCUCAGGCUAUAGCGAGUUACAUUCUGAUCGUAUUACUUAUAAUUAUGUGGAUUCUUAGAGAGAUUCAGAGAGUGUACUUGUUUGGAGUCUUCCGAAACCCCUUUUAUCCAAAGGAUGUCAGGACUGUGACUGUGUUCAUGGAGAAGCAAAGAAGGCUAAUGAAAGUUGGUGUUGUCAGGAGGAUUUUACUAACUCUAGUGUCUCCGUUUGCUAUGAUAGCAUUCCUGUCACUAGACCGUUCGCUACAGAAUCUUCAUUCUGUGUCUGUUUGCAUUGGAUUCACAAGAAUAUUUAGGAUGGUCUGGCAGAAUACAGAAAAUGCCCUGCUGGACAUAGUGGUCAUGUCAAUAGCUCAAAUGUUGGUGUUUAAUCCAGACCUCUGGUGGAACAGGAGCCUUGAUACAGGAAUCAGACUCUUGCUGGUUGGUAUCCUACGGGAUCGGCUGCUUCAGUUUGUCUCAAAGUUGCAGUUUGCCAUAGCUAUUCUUUUGACAUCGUGGACAGAGAAAAAACAACGUCGUAAAUCUACUGCCACCUUAAUCACACUCAAUGUCGUCUUCUUCCCGAUCCUGCUGACCUUUGUCGCCAUCUCUGCACUCCUUUCUUCUCCCUUGCUGCCACUCUUCACGCUACCGGUAUUUUUGAUUGGGUUUCCUCGGCCCAUCCGAAGCUGGCCAGGACCUGUGGGCGCUACAGCAUGUGUUUGCUCCGAUACCGUGUACUACCAGCAGAUGGUUCCAAGUCUGGCUGUUGCUCUGCAGUCUGCACUAGCAGCCGGUAGCCUAGGUCUCUCUCUACCUGGAUCACAUUACUUGUGCCGUUUUCAGGAUAGACUGAUGUGGAUAUUGGUGCUAGAAAAAGGCUUCACUUACUGUGGUGUUAACAUUAAGGGGCUAGAAUUGCAGGAAACAUCCUGUCAUGCUGCUGAAGCUCACAGAGUUGAUGAAAUUUUUGAAAUGGCCUUUGAACAUCAGGAGCACACAAAGAUUCUCUCUCCUAAUCACCAUUUCGGACACAUUUUGACUCCUUGUACUGUUCUACCUGUGCGGCUGUAUUCCGAUGCCAGAAAUGUGUUAUCUGGAAUAAUUGACUCUCAUGAGAAUUUAAAGCAACUGAAAGAUGAUUUCAUUAAAGUGCUCGUAUGGAUGCUUGUCCAGUAUUGUUACAAAAAAUCAAAAACAUGGGGAAGCCCAGGCAAUGCCGACGAGAACAAAAAAGGAUCGUUUCCAGAAAAUCAGCAUAGCGGUGCAGUAGAGAGGUCCAGACCUCUGAGGGAAGAAGAUAGCUUUAGUGUUGAUACAAUUGAGGACUGGACUGAUGACAGUGACAUUUUUGAUCUUGAACCCAGUGGCAGAAUGAAAGACAGAAAAGAACCUGGGCAGUUGGGAAUGACACCAAAAGUACAUCUGUCUAUUCCAGGAUCUGUAGAAACACAGAGCCAAGAUGGCCCACAAGAAAUGUUACCAGAAGAUAAAUUAUACAGGGCUGUUGCGCUUGGGCUUCCAGCUGUAGACAAAGGGAAACAGCAAGAAGUUGUACCUCAUGUUGAAUUUAGUUGCUGUUACUCAGAGCUACUGAGCAUCCCUGAAGAAUGGAGAACAGCCCCAGUGCCUACUUCCAAGGUCAAUGAGAUGAGGCAGAGGUUUCCAGAAGAAUGGUACCAUUUUAUUUUGAGUCAACUGGACUUUUUUCAUCUGAAAGAAAAGCCUUCCAAUUUACUUGAAGACCUUAUGAAAGAUAAAGCUUUGAAAGACUUAUACAUCCACGGAGUAUUGUCGUGUUGUUUUGGUCUGUUUGGACUGGAUAACACCGUGCCUGCUGCGAGCCAUGUGUUCAGAGCGUACACUGGUGGCAUUCCAUGGUCUGUUGGUUUGGACUGGCUAACUGGCAAACCGGAGCUGUUCCAGCUUGCAUUAAAAGCAUUCAGAUACACUUUUAAGCUUAUGGUUGACAAAGCAAGCCUGGGUCCCGUUGAGAACUUCAAGGAGCUGGUUAACUGUUUGGAAGAAUAUGAAAAUGAUUGGUACAUUGGGUUGGUAUCAGAUCGCGAGUGGCAGCAAGCGGUUCUGCAGGAAAAGCCGUACCUUUUUUCACUGGGGCAUGACCCAAACAUGGGAAUUUACACUGGGCGAGUCCUCACUCUUCAGGAAUUGCUAGUACAAGUGGGAAAGCUUAAUGACGAAGCUGUCCGAGGUCAGUGGGCAAAUCUGUCCUGGGAGCUGCUGUAUGCUACAAAUGAUGAUGAGGAACGCUACAGCAUCCAGGCACACCCCGUUCUUCUGCGAAACCUUACUGUGCAAGCUGCGGACCCGCCUCUUGGCUACCCCGUUUAUUCAUCUGAACUUCUGCAUCUGCCUUUGUUUUAGAACGUCUGCAGCACUUUAUUUUUUUAUAUUAUUAGUAUUCUUUUGUAUUUUCCAUCUGCAUGUCGGGAAUCAAACGCUCGUGCUACAUUUAUACACUACAAAUAAGAUUUUACUCUCAAAAUGGCGUUGGCGGGGUGCCAGGCCAGUGCACGUAACUUGCACAGAAGUGGUGCUAGUCAGAACCUUCAGCGGGCGGGAAGUUUUGAACUGUUUUCUUGCUGCUGGAACAUGUGAGACACCAUUGCCUGUGUGGCUGACGAGCCAGGAGAUGCUGAAAUUCUCUUCUCCAGUUUAGAGAAGAGCAGCAUAAUUCUGAUCGCUAUUUUUGGUGCAUUCUGAUUUUUUUAAUUAUUAUUUCUUUUUAAUAGUUGGACAGGUGACUUGCACUGACAGGUUACAGCUCCCUGUAGUACCGUCAAGCGCAGAGGUGGUAACCAAUGUGUACAUCUGACUAUUUAUAUGAAUUUUUUAUUAUUCUGGCCAUUUUAUAUUGGACUGAGUUCAGUUUUAGCCUUUGUUACAUUGUAUGACUUCAGCUGAUCUUCCUUAGCUGUAGUAAGUUAUCAGCUAUGCUUUAACCAAGUAAGUUGUAAGGGACAAUUUUUACCAAAGCAGUUGUUUUGGGGGCAAAGGGAAUUUAUAUAAAACAGUGUGCAUUCUGACACAUUAAUAACCUGUGUGACCUACUGAUGGAAAUAAACGUGUAAUUAGGGGAGAGCAGGAAUUUAAGUCCAAUGGAUUAAUUCUGUUUCCCUCUUCCAAUAUCCAUGUAUUUUACAUAUAUAUAAAUAUAUAUGUUGCUUUUUGCA